AUGCCUAGUCCAAACAGAAACAUUUUAAUGUUCUUCAAAAAAGAAGAUAUACCAUUGGCAAUACUAGGUACUAUCCUAAUGUGCUUCUCUGCAGUUUCCACCCCAUUACUGACUAUGAUUUACGGUGAUACAAUUGGAUGCCUUGGUGAAUUUUACACGGGGCAAUUAAACUAUCAUGAAUUUAUCACCAAGGUUAGAAUCUUAUGUGGAGCAUUGAUGGGGAUUGGGGCUGCUAAGAUGAUACUCGUCUGGUUUGGGAUUUCUGUAUGGAUGAGAUUCGGUGAAGUGCAACAAUUACGUGCUAGAAAACAAUUAUUCAAUAAGUUGCUCCAUGAAGAAAUAAAAUGGUAUGAUAGGAAACAAAACCUUAUGGGGAAUAUAUCUCAAGUCAAUAGAUGUAUUGAAGAAUUGCGUGGUGGUAAUGCAGAAGUCAUGGCUAUGCUAGUACAGACUUUUGCCUUGAUUAUUGCCCUUGUGAUAAUGUCCUUCUAUCAAUCCUGGGCUAUAACUUUGGUUAUCUUAGCAUCGGCCCCAGUUAUGGCAUUUAGUGGUUGGUGGUUUGGAAGAUUGACUUACAAAGCUGCCGAGGUGGAAAAUGAAACUACGGCUGAAGGGUCCAAGGUUUUGGAUUGGUGUUUGGUGUCUCCCGAAAUUGUUAGAGUGUUUAAUGGGAAAUAUGUUGAGUUUUCUAAAUUUAAAGCUAUUGUCAACAGUUCAGCCAAAGCCUAUUAUAAGUUGGCUAAUGCGAUAUCUGCCAAUACAGCAGUUUUGAAGUUUUUGACUUUGAUGAUGUUUGUUCAAGCAUUUUGGUUUGGUAUAUAUUUAAUGAGCAAAGGAACUAUCACAAUAAACCAAUUGAUUACCUGUUUCGGUUCCUGCUUGAUGUUGGGAUCUACUGUUUCUGGAGUUACUGAAUUGUUGGCUGUUUUAAAUACUGCCCAUGCUGCAGCAGGUAAAAUAUCAACAUUCUUGGAUAUGAAAGACAAAGAUAAAGACAAGUUUGAUUUCAGAGAGAACUUAAAUAUAUAUCCAAGCACAUGCAACGGAAAUAUCUCCUUUAACCAUGUUUACUUUCAAUACCCUUCUCGAGAUGAGUUGAUACUCAAAGAUAUAACUUUUACUCUUGAACCAAACACUAUGAAUUUCAUAAUUGGGAAAUCGGGAUCUGGUAAAUCGACUAUACCUUUAUUAUUGAUGAAUAUAUACGAUGUACAAUGUGGAUCAAUUGAAAUAGAUAGCCACCCAAUUCAAUUGUUGGAUCCAAAGUAUAUAACUCAGAACUUGACUCUUGUUCAACAGAAUCCAACUAUUUUCAACAAGAGUAUAAGAGAAAAUAUUGCUCUUGGAGUCCUGGAUUUCUUCCAUCAACUUGAACACGUACCAGAACAUUUAAUCAGUGAUGCUGCUGAAUUUUCCUUAUUGCAUGAUUUAAUCGAGGACAAGGGAUUAGAUGUGCAAGUUUCGCUGUCUCUGUUAUCUGGUGGUCAACAACAACGAAUUGCAAUUGCCAGAGCUAAAUUAAGAGAUCCUCCGAUUCUAAUAUUGGAUGAAGCAUUUAGUGCCUUGGAUUUCAAGAAUAGGAAUCUAUUAUUUGACAAAAUACGUCAAUGGAGAACUGGCAAGACUACAAUUGUUAUUACGCAUGAGUUUAACAACAUUGAAUCUGAAGACUAUGUGAUAUUGACUGAAGGAGGAAAAGUUGUUUCGGAGGGUCCCUUCAGAGUUCUUCAAGAUGAACAUUUUAUCCAAGCGUAUAAUUUUGACGAAACUGAAGUUGAAUCACAAGAAACACUUACCCCAGACUACAAAGAACUUCCCAAGAGUAUAUACUAUAAUUAUAAAACCAGUCCAUAUAUUUUGAAAGAUCUAGAAAACCAAAAAGUCAAAGAAGAAGAAAAGGAAAAUAUCAUGGGAGUAUUUGCAAUUCUCAAAUAUUGCAGUAAAUCAAUUGAGACCAAGUGGGUUAUUGUUGUUGGGAUUAUCAUAUCAAUUCUUAAUGGAGCUACUAAUCCUAUUUUCUCAUCCUGUUUUGCACAAUUACUUUCAAGUUCAAUCGAUGCAUCAAUGGGAAUUGGAGUUAAUGAGGAAUUAUUAAAAUGGUCCUGUAUUUCAAUUGGAGUUGCCUUUUUUAUUGGCUUGUCCGGUUAUGUUUCACAGUUCAUUUUGGCAUAUGCUAGUGAAAGAUGGAUUGUAUCACUUAGAAAGACUUUAUUUGAAAGAAUAAAUGGUCAGGAUAUGUCGUUUUUCGAUUCAGAAGUAGUUAAACCGGCUGAAAUAACAGCAUUAUUAAUGAAUGAUACUCGUGAUUUGAGAAACCUUAUUUCUGAGUUUUUGCAACUAAUUGUAAAUCUCAUAACUAUGGUUCUAGUGGGUCUUAUAUGGGCAAUUGUUGUUGGUUGGAAGCUUUCAUUGGUUGGUAUUGCUUUUGUUCCUCUUGUUCUUAUCCUUACCGGUUUCUAUGGUUUAGUGUUAAACUCGACUGAGAAUGAUUAUAAAUCUAGCAUUGCCAAGUUGGAAAAUAAUCUUUACCAAGUGGUUUCAACUAUAAAAACAAUCAGAAUCUAUAACAUGUUAAGAUACUUCCUGAAUUCAUUUGAUAAUCGUGUUCAUGAGGUUCAAAAUGUUGGUAUUGGAAGGGCAAUCAAAACUGGGAUUGGCUUGGCAGUUAACGAUUUGCUUGCCUCUGUUGCUACCGCCACGGUGUUAUAUUUUGGUAUGACAUUGGCUGGUAGACUGGAAUAUACAUCAAAUCAGUUUAUGCAAGUAGUUUCACUUUUAACUUUUACCUUGACCAAUGCAAGCAGUUUGCUUAGUCAACUUCCUGAAAUUUCAAGGGGACAGAGAGCUGGAACUUUGAUUGUGAAACUAUUAGAAAAUUCUGCAUUAUCUAAAGUUGAAAAUAAUGGAAUCUUGAAGCCAACAGUUGUUCCAGAUAAUAUAAUUACUUUUGAUCAUAUUGAGUUUGCCUACCCUUUCAAAAAACAACGAAUUCUUUGUGAUUUCAGUUGUGAAAUCCAAAAGAAUGAAUUAAUUGGAAUCGUGGGUGAGUCUGGAGCAGGCAAAUCCACCAUAGUCUCCCUUUUGACUCGACUUUACGGCACACAUCUGAACCAGGUGAAAUUCUUUGAUGAAGACAUUGCCUCAGUCGAUAUCGAUUGGUUAAGAUAUACAAUCGGUUUGGUACCACAGUUUCCAAAAUUCUUUGAGGGUACAAUCUACGAAAAUUUAACCUAUGGAAUGAGUCCAAGUGUUCAGAUAUCCUAUCCCCUUCUUGAAGAGGUACUUAAAAUGGUGGGGAUUUAUGACUUUGUAGUGACAUUACCUGAGGGACUUCAAACACAAAUCGGUGAAGGGUCCAAUUCCUUGGUUUCUGGUGGGCAAUUGCAACGACUUUCAAUAGCCCGUGCACUCAUUAGAAGACCAAAAGUUUUGAUAUUUGAUGAGUGUACUUCUAAUUUGGAUCCAUUAAAUAGUCAACAUAUAAUCGAACUUAUUAAAAAACAAUUGGCAGGGAACUAUACCAUCAUAAUAAUUACUCAUGAUAAAGAAAUGAUGAAAAUCACGGAUAGAUUGAUCGUAUUGAAAGGAGGAAGAGUAUGCGAAUCAGGGAAAUAUAAUCAGUUAUUAGCUACAAAUGGUGAAUUGACAAGAAUAACUAGGUCUAGUAUAUAAAACAUAUAAAUCUCUAAUAUGUAAUUGUUUUAUUUAUAUAUCAAUCAAAUCUUUACACAAAUAAAUGGAACUUCAACAUCUUCACCUUCUAAAUCGUCACAACAGAUUUCGAAAAUCAAAUAGUGAACAUGAGGUGGAACCUCCUUCUUACUGACUUCUUUGAUCAACUUGGUCAAGUUCAUUGACAAUCUAUCCUUAACCUUCUUUGGUGGGAAGAAAGAAGCAUACAAAAGAGAAACACCAUAUGAUAACAUAGAAAUAGUCAAUCCUUCCUUUUGCUCAAAGUGAUCUAAAAGUUGUUGUAAAGUCAUAUCACCUUCAAGAUCGAAACGGUCCCAAAUUUGAUCAUACGUCUUAUCAUUAUACUUAGCUUGAGCUGACUUUAUUGGUUCAGAAAAUCCAAUAAAUGGUAAUGCCAAGUUGAUAAAUCCAUUCUUGUAUUGUUCAAUAUCAGUCUUUCCAUCAACAACCUUGUAAAGCUCUAAACAUACCAAACCAGUAACCAAAGCAGUGGUGGUUGCAAUGGCGGGAAUAAUCUUACCAGCGAUAAAUUUGGUUUUACUAGCAUCGGCAGUUUCAAUGUUAUAGUUCAAUGCUCUACAGUUGGAAGCAGCAGUGAUGAAUUCAAUAUGAUGGUUGGUAUCAUCAUCCUUUUCAAAUUCAACUGGGUUUAAUCUAUAACCAGCUAAUGCCUUUGGUUCAGGUAAUGAAGCAGCAAGUUGUGUGACAGCGUCAUCAUCUAAGGAUCCGGAGAGCUUGUUGGCUUGCUCUUCAGCUUCAGCAUCAUUAGCAGCAAUAACUACACCAGAUUUUGGUUGGAAAGGCUCAAUCUUAAUUUGUUGUAAUACCUUUUGGUAUUCUUCAAAAGUGACUUUUGGUGCCUUUAAUCCAUAGAUAUAAGCUAACAAGUUGGCACCUCCGACAAUGAAAUUGAAAUGAUCCUUGUUAUUAAUAUCAAACUCUAAUGGAGUUGGGGCUCUCUUUGAACCAGUCCAGAAUGGAGCACCGUUUGAAGUAGUGGCAUCAUGAGGGAAAUUGUAUAAUAAUUGCUUAAUAUCGUGGUUAAAUUUAACUUCAAAUUCGUUUCUAGCCCAAACAAUGCAGUCUUCAAAAGUGUAUGGACGUUUGUUUAAGUAAUUAGAAAUGUUUUCCAAGGCACCCUUGAUAUCUGGAUUUUGUUUCAAAGUUUGUUCAACAUAAUCUGGUUGAGUCAAGUAUAAAUUAACACUUUCUGGAGAAUCACUAAAAUAACCUUGGAACAAAGACUUGGCCCAAGCAAUGGUAUGAUCAAUCUUACUUGGGAAUGAUCUUAAGGUACACAAAGGAAUAGAUUGUUCUGGAGGAUCUUGGGAAGAUGAGUAAGAUUCAGUUAAUCUAGGAAUAACAACUUGAGUGUUACCUUUGGUACCCAAAGUACCUGAUUCCAAUAAUGCCUUCUUGUAAAAGAUACAACGACGAUCAAUAUAAGUUCUUGCUUCAACGUUAUCCAAAGCAUUGGUGACGAAAUCUAAUUGAGACCAGAAUCCAUCAUCGAAAAUGUCUUCGGUAUCAGGACCAACCUUGUCUAACCUAGCAUCGAUUUUAUCUGUCAAUUCUGGGUUCAUAUGUUGAACGGCAAGAGCAGCAACUUCAGACUUAUUCUUUCCAACAUCUUUUGGUCUGAAUAAGAAUUGACGGUUCAAGUUGGAUUUUUCAAUAGUAUCGUUAUCAGUAAUGAAAAGUUUACCUUCAGGACCAGAUCCUAGUCCCAUCAUUGCCCAAGUUUUAAGCAUUUCACAACCAAUGGCACCAGUACCAACCAAAAAUACCUUCAAAUUGGAAAUUCUUUGUUGGAAAUCCUUACCGAAAACAGCAAUUUGGUUAUCAUAUCUGGAUCCAAUGGCUUGGUUAUUUUCGGCAUUACGUGGGAACUUCUCAGCAGAUGGUAAUGAUUCUAAAGAGUCAAAGUAUAACCAUUGCUUGAUUGGGGUGAACUUAGAAGAACAAUUCUUCAACACUUCUUGAGCAAUUAACCCACCAUAGAAUGCAACAACACCUGGAAUAUCACCUCUGGCUUGAUAGAAUAAUUCCUUCAAGUACUUUUCAUCGAGCUUGUCUUCACCUAAUAAUUGUGGGUUUUGAGCAGCCAAUUCUUGGGCAUAUCUGAAUGCCUCAUUGGCAUUUUCUUCAUUAUAAGGUAAUGGCAAAACUCCAUUUCUAUUUUUGAAAGCAUGCAAAGCUUGGAAACCUAAGUGUAAUUGUGCUGGUUUAUCAAAUUUAGCAAAGUCAGAAAUGACGUACUCUGGUUGUUGUAAUUGUUUAGACAAUGGUUCAAAAGCUAAAUCCUUUGGAACUUUAACUUGUGUAUAUAACCCACCUCUUUCGUAAGUUCCAUAGGACUCAUCAAUCUUAAUUCUAAACGCAAAAG